AACACCGCGGCAGCAGGGAAAUGGCGACUCUGCAGAAGCUACUGCACUGUAGAAGGCUAGUCCUAUUGUGGCUUCUUUUGGCGGUCCUAUGGGAGGCUGGAGCUGGGCAGAUUCGCUAUUCUGUGCCAGAGGAGCUCGACAAAGGCUCCAUCGUGGGCAAUAUAGCCAAAGACUUGGGUUGGGAGCCCCUGGCUCUGGCAAAGCGCGGAGUCCGCAUCGUCUCCAGAGGUAGGACUCAGCUUUUCUCUCUAAACCCGCGCAGCGGCAGCUUGGUCACCGCGGGAAGGAUAGAUCGGGAGGAGCUGUGCGCUCAGAGCGCGCCGUGUCUGGUGAACUUUGACAUGCUACUGGAAGAUAAACUGACUAUUUAUUCAGUAGAGGUGGAAAUAACAGAUAUUAACGACAAUGCCCCUCGUUUUGGAGUAGAUGAACUGGAGCUAAAAAUCAGUGAAACGACUACUCCAGGAUUCCGGAUUCCUCUUAAAACUGCUCAUGAUAUGGACAUAGGAGAGAACUCUCUACAGAAAUAUGAACUCAACUCAAAUGAUCACUUCUCUUUGGAUAUGCGAAGUGGAGCUGAUGGGAACAGGUAUCCGGAGCUGGUACUGGAGCACGCUCUGGACCGCGAGGAAGAAUCUGUUCACUAUCUCGUUCUUGUCGCUUCUGAUGGGGGCGACCCGGUCCGAUCUGGCACCUGCCGCAUCCGCGUGAAGGUCCUGGAUGUGAACGAUAACGCUCCUAUUUUUACACAGCCCGAGUACCGUGUAAGUGUUCCGGAGAAUAUGCCAGUAGGCACCCGAAUACUCACGGUGACCGCCACUGAUGCAGAUGAGGGAUACAACGCUCAAGUGGCAUACUUUCGAGAGAAACCCUUUGGAGAAACCUCCGAGGUAUUUGAGCUUCAGUCAGCUUCUGGAGAUAUAACAAUCAUCAAAACUCUAGAUUAUGAGGAUGCUAAAUUCCAUGAAAUUGAUAUUGAAGCUCAGGAUGGUCCGGGCCUUCUGACCAGAACGAAGGUGGUUGUCACGGUUCUGGAUAUGAAUGACAAUGCCCCAGAAUUUUACAUGACGUCUGUUACUAGCUCGGUUCCUGAAGACUCUCCUCCAGGAACAGUAAUUGCACUUUUCAACGUACACGACAGAGACUCUGGGCAGAAUGCUUUUAUCACAUGUUCUCUCCCAGAGAAACUUCCCUUCAAGUUAGAAAGGUCAGUCGACAAUUACCACCGACUGGUUACAACCAGAGCCCUUGACAGGGAACAGUUUUCCUUUUACAACAUCACAAUAACUGCUGAAGAUGGAGGGAAUCCAUCUCUGUCCACAGAUGCUCACAUUUUCCUGCAGGUGACAGAUAUUAAUGAUAACCCGCCAGCCUUCCCCCAUGCAUUCUACUCCGCCUUUAUUCCUGAAAACAACCCCAGAGGUGCCUCCAUCUUUUCAGUAUUGGCCCAUGAUCCUGACAGUGAUGACAAUGCCCAUGUAACUUACUCUUUGGCCGAGGGCACCCUUCAAGGAGCACCCCUGUCCUCUUACAUCUCUAUCAACUCUGACACUGGAGUCCUCUAUGCUCUUCGCUCCUUUGAUUAUGAGCAAUUCCAAGACCUGCAGCUGCAGGUGAUAGCGCUGGACAGCGGGAAACCUCCACUCAGCAGCAAUGUGUCGUUGAGCCUCUUCUUGGUAGAUCAGAAUGACAAUGCACCUGAGAUCCUGUACCCGACCCUCCCAACAGAUGGUUCCACUGGUGUGGAGCUGGCACCCCGCUCAGCAGAGCCUGGUUACCUGGUGACCAAGGUGGUGGCAGUGGAUCGAGACUCAGGACAGAACGCCUGGCUGUCCUACCGGCUACUUAAAGCCAGCGAGCCAGGGCUGUUCUUGGUGGGGCUGCACACAGGCGAGGUACGCACUGCAAGAACCCUACUGGAUAAAGAUGCACUCAAGCAGAGCCUGGUAGUGGCUGUGCAGGAUCAUGGCCAGCCCCCUCUCUCUGCCACUGUCACACUCACUAUAGCUGUGGCUGACAGCAUCCCUGAUGUCCUGGCAGACCUGGGCAGCAUCAGGACCCCCACCAACCCUGAUGAUUCAGAUCUCACACUCUACCUGGUGGUGGCCGUGGCUGCUGUCUCCUGCGUGUUCCUGGCCUUUGUAAUUGUGCUGCUGGUGCUCAGGCUUCGGCGCUGGUAUGCAUCACGCCUGCUUCAAGCUUCAAGAGGUGGGUUGGCAGGCGUGCCUACCUCACACUUUGUGGGUGUGGAUGGGCUGCAUGCUUUCCUGCAGACAUAUUCCCAUGAGGUCUCCCUCACCUCAGACUCGCGGAAGAGCCACAUUAUCUUUCCUCAACCCAACUAUGCUGACACUCUCAUCAGUCAGGAGAGCUGUGAACAAAAGGAUUUUCUACCAGCACCUCAGUCUCUACUCAAUGACAAAGGAGAAGAAAUAGCACAGGCAAAUCAUCUCAUCUGCCCGGAUCAACAAUUCUUUCUGUCUUAAAAAUAUGAAGAUUGGGAAUGUGGAUGUAGCUCAUGAUAGAGUACUUGGCUAGCAUGCACAAGGCCCAUGUUCAAUCCCCAGCAUUUAUAUAUUUACUCAGGUUUCUUCCUCCUUUAAAAUGUAGGAAGUUUUGUUUUAUAUUUGAAUCUGUUAUGAAUAUUGAAACAUCGUAGUGGACCAGUUCUUUCUCAUUUGAUCUUAAUAUUUUUAGUUUCACAGUGGUUUUCAUUUUCCUUAAUUUGCAUGUGAAUCCCUAUUAAAAAGAUGAAAUAUUUAAAUAUGCAUCUUUUUCAAUAAUAGGAAUCAAGCAUAGGGUUUUGUGCAUAUUAGCUAGGCAAGCACUGUACCACUGAGCUAUAUCCAUGUCCCUACAUUGUGAGUGUGCACGCAGGUGUGUGUGCAUGUGUGAGCAAGUGUUCUAGAUUGAACCAGAGCCUCACUUAGCAUUCCAUCACUGAGCUACAACCGCAGACCACAAAUAUAUAUUCAUUAUGGUAUUUCAGAAAGGUAUGCCAUGGUAUUGAUGCUUAGUUAGAAAUCACAUGAAAGUUAUACUGUGUUAUUUGAAGAACUGACUGACAUUGCUUGCUGUAUAAAAAUUAGUAAAGUAAUACUAAACAGCU